AUGAGAAGCACCACAAGAUUUUACCGACUGUUUCUUUCACUUGCUUUCAAUGCUCUCAUGCUACUUGAAUCACAUGGUUUUACCGAUGAAAGUGAUAGGCAAGCGUUGUUGGAGUUCAAGUCUCAAGUUUCUGAAGGCAAAAGAGAUGCCUUGUCCUCGUGGAAUAAUUCAUUCCCUCUCUGCAGCUGGAAGGGGGUUAGAUGUGGCCGCAAACACAAGAGAGUUACUCGUUUGGACCUCGGAGGGUUGCAAUUGGGCGGAGUGAUAUCACCAUCUAUUGGUAAUCUUUCGUUUCUCAUAUCACUUAAUCUCUAUGAUAACUCUUUUGGUGGUACUAUUCCUCAAGAGAUGGGAAACUUGUUUAGACUUCAACAUUUGAACAUGAGCUAUAAUUUUCUCGGAGGUGGGAUUCCAGCCAGUUUUUCUAAUUUCUCUAGAUUGUUGGAGCUUGAUUUAAUUUCAAAUCACCUUGGACAUUGUGUUCCUUCCGAAAUAGGGUCGUUGACGAAGCUUGUUAGGUUAAAUCUUGGUACUAAUAACCUGCAAGGGAAGCUUCCUGCAUCUCUAGGAAACUUGACAUCACUUAGAGAAAUGAGCUUUGACGAAAAUAAUAUAGAAGGAAGAAUUCCUGAUGAUAUAGCUAGAUUGACUCAAAUGGCGCUUCUGGAAUUAUCAAUGAACAAAUUCUCAGGCGUUUUUCCUCCAUCUAUCUUCAAUUUGUCCUCACUUGAGGACUUAUAUAUCGCUGAUAAUCAUUUCUCGGGUCGCCUGAGACAUGAUUUUGGUAUUCUGCUACCAAAUCUUCGAGAGUUAAAUAUGGCAGUUAAUUAUCUCACAGGAUCUAUCCCAGCAACAAUUUCCAAUAUCUCAACUCUUCAAAAAUUGGGAAUGAAUCACAACAGUUUGACAGGAAGUAUUCCUACCUUUGGAAAAGUACCAAAUUUGCAAUGGUUAUUACUUGAUACCAAUUCUUUGGGAACUUACUCUCAUGGAGAUCUUGAAUUCCUUAGUUCUUUGAGUAACUGCACCAAACUAGUGUUCUUACUGAUUAGUCGGAAUAGGCUUGGGGGUGACUUGCCUAUCAUUGCCAAUCUAUCCGCCACACUCAUUUAUUUAGGCCUUUCAGCAAAUUUCUUCUCUGGAAGAAUUCCUCAUGACAUUGGUAAUCUCAUAAGCCUACAAAUGCUUGGCUUGGGAGGUAAUAUGUUGACUGGACCACUCCCAACCUCUCUUGGUAAGCUUUCAGAUUUGGGGUUAUUAAGUCUCUACUCAAAUAGGAUGUCAGGAGAGAUACCAUCUUUUAUAGGCAACUUUAGUCGGUUAACAGAACUCGAUUUGUCUUACAACAAUUUUGAUGGAGUCGUUCCUCCAAGUCUUGGUAACUGCAGGAUCUUGCUACAUUUGUGGAUAGAGUAUAAUAAGUUGAAUGGGACUAUACCUCGAGAAAUUAUGCAAAUUUCAUCCCUUGUUAACUUAAGCAUGGCUGGUAAUUCAUUGAGCGGGUCUCUACCAAAAGAUGUUGGAAGACUACAAAAUCUUGUUACACUUAACGUCGCGCAUAACAAAUUAUCCGGGAAACUUCCUUUGGAUUUGGGAACCUGUUUCUCAUUGGAAGAACUCUAUCUGCAAGGAAAUUAUUUUGAUGGAACCAUUCCAGACAUAAGUGGGUUGGUGGCUGUUCAAAGAGUUAAUUUGUCAAACAAUAAUCUUUUUGGAAGUAUACCUGGAUAUUUUGCAAAUUUUUCAAAGUUGCAGCGUCUAAGUCUAUCUGAUAACAAUUUCGAGGGAUGCAAACCUAUGUGGAGGCAUCAAGGAACUGAAACUAAAACCAUGCUUUGCGCAAGCACCACCAAUGGAGACAAGGCAUUCCUCUCAUUUAAAGAAAUUGUGAUCGGGGUUAGCGUAGGCAUAGCUUUGCUUUUGUUUUCGGUCAUAGCUUCAGUUUCUCUGUGGUUAAGAAAAAGAAAGAAGAACCAUCAGACUAAUAAUCUAACUUCUUCCACUUUGGGGGCCUUCCAUGGAAAGAUAAGUUACGGAGAUCUUCGAAAUGCGACAGAUGGCUUCUCUUCAAGCAAUUUGAUUGGGUCAGGCAGUUUUGGUACUGUGUUUAAGGCAUUGCUCCCGACAGAAAACAAGAUUGUUGCAGUGAAAGUUCUAAACAUGCAGAGACGUGGAGCGAUGAAGAGCUUUAUGGCAGAAUGUGAAUCCUUGAAGGAUAUAAGGCAUCGUAAUCUUGUGAAACUAUUGACAGCUUGCGCUAGUAUUGAUUUCCAAGGUAACGAAUUCAGAGCUCUCAUAUAUGAGUUCAUGCCGAAUGGAAGCUUGGAUAUGUGGCUGCACCCAGAGGAAAUCGAAGAGAUUCAUAGGCCCUCAAGAACCUUGACUCUUCUUGAAAGGCUCAACAUUGCUAUAGACGUGGCUUCUGUUUUGGACUAUCUUCAUGUUCAUUGUCAUGAGCCUAUAGCUCAUUGCGAUCUUAAGCCAAGCAACGUACUUCUCGACGAUGAUCUAACUGCCCAUGUUAGCGACUUUGGUCUGGCUCGUCUUCUUCUCAAAUUUGAUCAGGAGUCCUUUUUCAACCAACUAAGCUCAGCUGGUGUUAGAGGAACCAUUGGGUAUGCUGCACCAGAAUAUGGAAUGGGAGGCCAACCAUCAAUACACGGUGAUGUAUACAGCUUUGGGGUUCUUGUUUUGGAAAUGUUCACAGGAAAACGACCAACCAAUGAGCUAUUUGAGGGGAACUUUACCCUAUACAGCUACACCAAAUCAGCCUUGCCGGAAAGAGUUUUGGACAUUGCAGACAAAUCGAUUCUUCAUAAUGGUCUCAGAGUUGGUUUCCCUGUAGUGGAGUGUUUGAAAGUGAUUUUGGAUGUGGGACUUAGGUGUUGUGAAGAAUCUCCGAUGAACCGGUUGGCAACGAGUGAAGCAGCCAAGGAGUUAAUCUCAAUCAGAGAGAGGUUCUUUAAAACCCGAAGAACAGCUAGACGUUGAAGUGUUUAUGGUUUCUCCUACAAACUUUGCCAUCCACUUAUAUAAUAUCAUAUUGUCUUUCAUACACUGUGGUUUGUUUUUCCCCUCUGUUUAUGCUCUGUUGUUUUCAGACAAGAUUGAAUGUUUGUGUUUUCUGCUUUAAAUUUUCUUGGGAUAAGAAUACAUUUGGCAAAAAUGAAGUAGCUGUGGUUUAUCUA